UCUGAGAUGCAACGAUGAGGUUUCCUUUUCUUACAGUCACCAGCGGCUGGAAGACUUUCUAUGGAUUCCUGCAAAGAGGACUUUUGUCAGCAGACCAGAGACUGUGGAGCUCAGCUUUGAAAUGCAGCAGGAGCAGCAGUCAGCUGAGCAAAGAAAAGUGUUUCUACAUAACAACCCCGAUCUUCUAUGUGAACGCUGCUCCUCAUCUCGGCCACCUUUACUCAGCCGUGAUUGCUGACUGCCUACACAGGUGGAAACUCCUGCAGGGUUUUGAGUCAAGAUUUGCCACAGGAACAGAUGAGCAUGGCCUGAAAAUCCAGCAAGCGGCUGAAGCUGCAGGAAAAGAUCCUCUGACUUUCUGUACUGAAGUGUCUCAGCGUUUUGAAACGCUCUUCAGCAGCUGCAGCGUUUCCUUCACCGACUACAUCAGAACCACAGAGCAGAGACACCGUCUGGCCGUGGAGCAUUUCUGGUCAGUGCUCUGGAACAAAGGGCUCAUCUACAAAGGAAUCUAUGAGGGCUGGUACUCCACACAAGAUGAAAGCUUCCUGGUGCCAUCGCAGGUCGGCGAUGCUCUGGACCCAUCGGGGAAGGAGGUCAAAGUGUCACUCGAGAGUGGACAUAAGGUGGAGUGGAUGAAAGAGGAGAACUAUAUGUUCCGUCUAUCCUCUUUUCGAUCUCUUCUCCUUGACUGGCUUGUGAAAAAUCCCGGUGCCGUCCAGCCGGAGCGCUUCCAUCAGGCCGUUCUGCAGUGGCUGCAGGAAGACCUUCCGGACCUCUCCGUGUCUCGUCAGAGGAGUCGUCUUCAGUGGGGCAUACCGGUCCCAGGAGAUCCUGAACAAACCAUCUACGUAUGGCUGGACGCUCUGGUGAAUUACCUCACGGUUGUUGGUUACCCAGACAAACAUGAGCGGUGGUGGCACGUUGCCCACCACGUUAUAGGAAAGGACAUCCUGAAGUUCCACGCCAUCUACUGGCCUGCUUUCCUUCUAGGAGCAGGGCUGCCUCUGCCGCAGGUCAUCCAUGUUCACUCGCACUGGACUGUCGGAGGGAGGAAGAUGUCGAAAAGUUUGGGUAACGUUGUGGAUCCUUUUGAGCAUUCUCAGAUGUUUACUAAUGACGGCAUGAGGUACUUCCUGUUGCGUCAGGGAGUCCCAGACACAGACUGCAACUACACUCAUGACAAAGUGCAAAAACUUCUCAAUGCGGAGCUCGCAGACUCUUUAGGUGGUCUGCUGAACCGCAUCACAGCUCCAACCCUCAACCCAGCUCAGGUCUACCCUGCUUUCUGCAGUCAUUCCUUCCCCAGAGACCGGCGUGGCAGAGCGGUGGAGGAAGAUUACCACAUGGUGGAAACUGUAAGAAGUCUAUCCACUGUGGUAGAGAAGCACUACGAGGGCAUGCAGGUGUAUAAAGCUUUGGAAGCCAUCAGUGCAUGCGUGAAACAGACGAACGGUUUUGUUCAGCGUCACACACCUUGGAAACUGGACAGGAGCGACAGCAAAGAUGGCCGCUGGUUAGACACAAUCAUCCACUUGACUCUCGAAUGCUUGAGGGUUUAUGGGACUCUCCUCCAGCCGGUGGUGCCGGAGAUUUCAGACAGGCUGCUAACUAGACUCGGUGUGCAAUCACAAGAGAGAAGCUGGAAAGAUCUGAAUUUUUUGGGGAGAUAUUUCGGAACAGACUGUUCGUUUGAAGGGAGGCCAUUGGGGUCAAACUGUGGGUUGCUUUUUAGCAGACUGGAAACUCAGAGUGGAGCAAAACAAAAAACAAUGAAAAGUAAAAAACCUGCACAGAAGAGGUGACUGGUUUCAUGCAGUAUUUUCAUUUUAGCUGAUAUCAAAUAAUCUUGGAACACAAAAAUAUACAUUCAAGCUGUUACAAUAAAAUAUCCUGACUUAAACUACAACAUUGUCAGAACCCUUUUCUACUUUACAUGUUAAACUACUUAUUAUGGCAAUAUAAAAGCUAUAGUAAAAGGUGAAUCUCAAAAUUAGUGACAGCAAAAAAGUAAAAUACAGAGUGAAAUGUAUCAAGAGCUUAUUGGUGUGAAUGCUGAGGGCAUUCACCUUGAGUUCCUUCCCUAUUUUACACCACUUAACUUUACCAUAUAUUAUAUUUUGUGCUAUUUUAACCAUUAAACUUUGAAAAUAUUCUGCUUAACGCUUCAUUGUGUCUCAGUGAAUUUUUACAAGCUUAAUUAAAUUACUGGAAUAAAUAAGCUUUCUAACUAUAUAUGUAUUUCUGUAGAUAAAAUACCUAAAUUCUGUUUAUGUAUAUCAGGAUUUUUAUAA